AUGGCAUCAUCUCAAUCGCACCGUACCUCUUACUUUGAACCCAACGAGCAGUUUCGACGUCAAGAGCGCACUCGUUCCAGUGAAGGCACCGUCAGCACCACUAUGAGCUCGUCGACGGGCCGCGAGUCGGCAGCGACCCACGUCACCGACGCGCCCACCUUUUCCAAGAAGAUUGUUGUUGUCGGCGACGGUGGUUGCGGCAAGACCUGCUUGCUCAUUAGCUACAGCCAGGGUUAUUUCCCAGAGAAAUAUGUACCAACCGUCUUUGAGAACUACAUCACCUAUCCCAUCCACUCUGCUACUGGUAAGACUGUGGAGCUUGCAUUGUGGGAUACCGCUGGCCAAGAGGAAUAUGACCGUCUCCGACCGCUCUCAUACCCCGAGACCGACCUAAUCUUUGUAUGCUUCGCUAUUGAUUGCCCGAACUCUCUCGACAAUGUGCUUGAUAAGUGGUACCCUGAGGUUCUACACUUCUGCCCAUACACUCCUCUGGUCCUCGUCGGCCUCAAGUCAGAUCUCCGCCACAAGAAGGCAUGUAUUGAUAUGCUCAAGACACAAGGUCUCACACCAGUUACUACCGAGCAGGGCAUGGGACUGGCCAAGAAGAUGAACGCUCAGUACAUGGAAUGCAGUAGUAAGGAGAUGCGAGGCGUCGACGAGAUCUUUGAGCAGGCUAUCAACACCGUCGUUGCCAACGAUCGGAAAACAAUCGAGGCAGCAGCAGCUACGGGUUCUUCCAAGGAGAGCAAGUCAUCAUCAACACCCGGGGUGGGGCAAAUUAAGAGGAAGAAGAGAAGGUGUCCAAUCCUCUAA